CUCGUACGUGGUGCGAUAUUGAGUUGUGAUCAUUGCGUGUACACUUUCUUUUGCUUUAAAGUCAAACAAAUAAUGAGUGAACAAAAAAGCGGUGAGGAUUUGGCAACUGCAAUCCUUCGAAAGAAGGAUAAGCCAAAUAGAUUAUUGGUUGAUGAAGCUAUCGCAGAUGAUAACUCUGUUGUGGCGCUAUCUCAAGCAAAAAUGGACGAGUUGCAGCUUUUUAGAGGUGAUACAGUAUUGUUAAAAGGCAAACGACGUAAAGAAACAGUAUGUAUCGUCCUCACCGACGAUACUUGUCCUGAUGAAAAGAUUCGUAUGAAUCGUGUGAUCAGAAAUAAUUUACGAGUACGUUUGAGUGAUGUCGUUUCUAUACAAGCAUGUCCAGAAGUUAAAUAUGGAAAACGCAUUCAUGUGCUCCCAAUGGAUGACACUAUAGUGGGUCUUGUAGGUAAUUUGUUCGAGGUAUAUUUGAAGCCAUACUUCCUGGAAGCAUAUCGUCCUAUUCAUAAAGAUGAUAAUUUCAUUGUACGCGGUGGAAUGCGUGCCGUAGAAUUUAAAGUUGUAGAAUCAGAUCCGGGACCAUUUUGUAUUGUUGCUCCAGAUACAGUUAUUCAUUGCGAAGGUGAUCCUAUUAAAAGAGAGGAAGAAGAAGAGGCAUUAAAUGCUGUUGGUUACGAUGAUAUUGGUGGAGUUCGUAAACAGUUAGCUCAGAUUAAAGAAAUGGUAGAAUUACCUUUACGACAUCCAUCUUUAUUUAAAGCUAUUGGUGUAAAACCACCGCGUGGUAUUCUUUUAUAUGGUCCACCUGGCACAGGAAAAACUCUUAUUGCUCGGGCAGUAGCAAAUGAAACAGGCGCAUUCUUUUUCCUUAUUAAUGGUCCUGAAAUAAUGAGUAAACUUGCCGGAGAAUCUGAGAGCAAUUUAAGAAAAGCAUUCGAAGAAGCUGAGAAGAAUUCACCAGCUAUAAUUUUCAUCGAUGAACUCGAUGCUAUUGCUCCAAAACGAGAAAAGACACACGGAGAGGUGGAGAGACGUAUAGUGUCUCAACUGCUAACAUUAAUGGAUGGCAUGAAGCAAAGUUCUCAUGUCAUUGUAAUGGCUGCUACCAAUAGACCUAACAGCAUUGACGGAGCAUUGCGUCGCUUCGGACGUUUCGAUAAAGAAAUUGACAUUGGAAUACCCGAUGCUACUGGUCGUUUAGAAAUUUUGAGAAUUCAUACAAAAAAUAUGAAGCUCGCCGAUGACGUUGAAUUAGAGGAGAUCGCACAAGAAACUCACGGCCACGUUGGAGCUGAUUUAGCUUCUUUGUGUUCCGAAGCAGCAUUACAACAAAUUCGUGAGAAAAUGGAUCUGAUUGAUUUAGAAGAUGACCAUAUAGAUGCUGAAGUUUUGUCUUCUCUUGCCGUUACUAUGGAUAAUUUCAAGUAUGCAAUGACCAAGAGCAGCCCGAGUGCUCUGAGAGAAACUAUUGUGGAGGUACCAACUGUUACCUGGGAUGAUGUCGGCGGUUUACAAAAUGUCAAAAUGGAAUUGCAGGAAUUGGUGCAGUAUCCAGUUGAGCACCCUGAAAAGUUCUUGAAGUUCGGCAUGCAACCAUCGCGAGGUGUACUAUUCUAUGGACCUCCUGGUUGUGGUAAAACAUUAUUGGCUAAAGCAAUAGCCAAUGAAUGUCAAGCGAAUUUCAUUUCUGUGAAGGGCCCAGAAUUAUUAACAAUGUGGUUCGGUGAAUCAGAAGCUAAUGUCAGGGAUGUUUUCGAUAAAGCAAGAUCAGCAGCUCCUUGUGUAUUGUUCUUUGAUGAACUUGAUUCUAUUGCAAAAUCUCGUGGUGCCUCAAUAGGAGAUGCUGGAGGAGCAGCAGAUCGUGUGAUUAAUCAAAUCUUAACUGAAAUGGAUGGAAUGGGAGUGAAGAAAAAUGUAUUCAUCAUAGGAGCUACUAAUCGACCCGAUAUUAUAGAUCCUGCCAUUUUACGACCUGGUAGAUUAGAUCAAUUGAUUUAUAUACCAUUGCCAGAUGAAAAAUCUCGCGAAGCAAUAUUCAAAGCUAAUCUCCGAAAAUCUCCAGUAGCUAAGGAUGUAGAUCUAGGCUAUAUAGCUAAAGUAACACAUGGCUUUUCGGGUGCCGAUAUAACAGAAAUUUGCCAACGUGCGUGUAAGCUCGCUAUAAGACAAAGCAUCGAAACUGAAAUUCAAAAAGAAAAGGAACGUAUCCAGAAUCCAUCUCCAUCUAUGGAUAUGGAUGAAGACGAUCCUGUGCCAGAGAUAACCAAAGCUCACUUUGAAGAAGCAAUGAGGUUUGCACGACGUUCAGUGUCUGAUAAUGAUAUUCGAAAAUAUGAAAUGUUUGCACAAACGCUACAGCAGUCGCGUGGAUUUGGAACGAAUUUCAGAUUUCCGCAAAGCGGAGGAAGCGGUACUCAAGAUACAACGCAAGGCGAUCAAACCUUCCAAGAUGACGGUGAUGAUGAUCUUUAUAGCUAAGUCUUCGUGUCUUUGUACCUCAUUACAGUGAGCAUACGACAAAAGGGCCUGUUUCUGUUUUAUAGAGAACACUUUGUGUUUAUAAACAGAAAUUUUGCAGAAAAGUAACUUUAAGAAAUUCAAUAUUUCUAUUAAAAAGAUUGAUCUAUUCAGAAUCAAAUAUUCUAUGUAUGUACAUGCAAUUUUUCUUUUUGUAUAUAAUUAG